AUGCGAAACCUGCCUGCCCUGCUGUUUCUGGUCCUGCUUUGUUCUCUACAGCUGAUUUCUUCAUUUCCACUAGCUACUGAAGUACAGCACAUGGAAAACUGCUGUGGAAAGCUUCACAGCUUUUUGAUCCCCCUGGAAAAGGUGAAGUCUUACAGCUGGACUUCUCGAAGCUGCCCUAGAAGAGCCAUUGUGUUUACAAUGAUCAAAGGACGGACGAUCUGCGUGAGGCCGGACACUGCAUGGGUCAGCAGUCAUAUUGCCAAACUGGACAGUAGAAAGACUCGAACAGGUUCAUACUACCUAUAA